UGGUCAACAUAAAGACGAAGAGGGAGGCGUUAACUGUUUAAGGUGGUCUCUGACUUUUUUGUCUCUUUGUCCGCUUUCUCUUUCUCUGUCUAUCUCUGGUUUUUACCAAUCCAUUAAUUAAUGAAAUUUGGGAGAGAAAAAGUUGUGCUUGGCAACAUUUACAAAAUGAAUCAGAGAAACCCUCCUCCGUCUAGCCAACCCCAUCCCUUGAAAAUGGUUAUAGAAGAUGGUUCGCCAUGAGAGGAGGGAGAAGGAGAAAUACCCAUUAAUUAAUGUUGAUUGGGAGAGAAAACUUUGUGGUCGGCAGCAACAUUCAGAAAAAGUAAACGCUUUAGAUGAGGAUCAGAGAAAUCAAAGAGUUUCGGAACCCUCCUCUCUUUCUCUCUUUCUCUCUCUCUUUCUCUCUCACUCUGUGUGGCCAACACUAUCCCUUGAAUUUGAAUAUGUUUUUCUCAUGUCAACGUCUCCAUUCCCGUUCUCCAUUCUCACCACCACCAGCACCUCUUCCACUCAUGCCCACUUUUGUUUCUCCAUCUUUCUCUCUCUCUGUUUACACCAUUACAUCCCACCAUUAUUCUUUCACCACCACCACCACGAAUAGAAGAUGCUCUCCCUUCUUUCUCUGUUUCUCUCUCAUGUUUUGCUUAUUCCCCUAUUGUCCCAAUUCAAGUAAACGUCUUUACUAGCAGAAGACUUGCUUUUGCUUCGGCUGCCUGUGUGCAAUACAAGACAGAGACAAGAGUCAUGCUUCUACGGCUGCAACCUUCGAGAUACGACAAUCCAGAGACGACCCUUUUGGUUUUGCUCUGUUUUCUGAUCCUCUUUUGCUUUCCCACGCCCCACCAUGCCUGCCAGGAACUCGAUCGAGUGUCUCUGUUGUCCUUCUCCUACAACCUCUCAACUCCUCUGAAUUGGUCUUCUUCUUCUUCCUCGGAUUGCUGUUCUUGGGAAGGAGUUUCUUGCGAUGGUGGUUGGGUCACCACUCUAUGGCUUCCGUACAGAGGACUCAGAGGGCUCCUCUCUGUCUCUCUUGCUAACCUCACCCACCUCUCUUACCUCAAUCUCUCACAUAAUUUUCUAUCUGGGCCCCUUCCAUUUUCCUUCGUUUCGUCUUUUGAUAACCUAACGGCCCUCGAUUUGAGCUUCAAUCGUCUUUCCGAUGAAUUACCAACCUCUGCGUUACCCAAUCGUUCCUUGUCUCUGCAGAUUCUUGAUUUGUCGUCCAAUCUCUUCCAUGGAGAUUUUCGGUUUUCAUUCAUCGGAAAAGCUGAGAAUCUGUCGACAUUGAUCAUCAGCAACAAUAGCUUCACCGGUCAAAUUCCUUCUUCAAUAUGCCAGAAUUACAAAUUGCUUAAGCACUUGGAUUUCUCCUCCAAUGACUUCAGCCAAGAGAUUGCUUCAGUUCUUGGUAAUUGUUCGAAGCUGGAGGUGUUCAAAGCAGGUUGGAACCAACUUGUUGGAUCCUUACCCGAUGACAUCUAUGGCAUAGUUUCACUGCAGCAGCUCUCCCUUCCCGGCAACAACAUAUCAGGAACUAUAGAUGGAGCUGAUAAGAUCGUUCGCCUUGUCAACCUCACUGUUCUUGACCUUUCCUUGAAUAGAUUGACAGGGCAACUACCUCAGGAUAUUGGGAAGCUGACGAAAUUGGAACAGCUGAUCCUCCACAAGAACAAGCUCUAUGGUCCUCUGCCUCCAUCCUUGAUGAAUUGCGCAAAUCUCCGGGUCCUGAGUCUAAGUGUGAACGACUUCCAUGGGGAAUUAUCCGCCAUUGAUUUCUCCAAACUCAACCAAUUGAACACUCUGGACUUGGGAGUAAACAACUUUUCUGGUAAUUUUCCAGUGAGCCUAUACUCCUGUACAUCCUUAACAGCAAUUCGACUCACCAGGAACAAGCUCGAGGGACAAAUCCAGCCUGAAAUACUUGCAUUGAGGAACCUAUCUUACCUUGCAAUUUCGAUCAAUCAGCUGACCAACAUCACUGGAGCAUUUCGGAUUCUGAUGCAUAGCAGGAACCUCACCACACUUCUCCUCUCAAAGAACUUCAAGGGAGAAGCGAAUACCAUUGACAUAGAUCCUGACGGAUUCCAAAAUAUCCGGGCUCUGGCUAUUGGUGGUUGUCAGCUCACCGGCCCAGUGCCCAACUGGUUAGCUAAUCUCGGGAGUCUGGAGGUCUUGGAUUUGUCUGAAAAUCAGUUCACAGGCUCAAUCCCUGGGUGGUUGGGAAUACUACCAAGACUCUUCUAUAUAGACUUGUCUGGGAACUCUCUUACAGGAGAAUUGCCUCUGGAGUUCACAAGACUGCCCAGGCUGGUCUCAUCAGCUCCACUGGAUCAGGUUUUUCUGGAGUUACCUUUCUAUGUCAUUACCCAAAAUUCUGCUGGGAAAGUGUAUACUCAGCUCUCCGGCCUACCCCCUACGAUAAACCUGAGUAACAACAGCAUUAAUGGCAGCAUUCCUCCAGAGAUUGGCCAGUUGAAGAGCCUUCUUGUGCUAGACCUCAGCAUCAACAAGUUCUCCGGUGAGAUUCCUGACCAGAUGUCCAAUCUCUCCAACUUGGAAAUACUGAAUCUUUCAGGGAACAACCUCACGGGUGACAUCCCGUCUUCCAUUUCUCAGCUCCAUUUCUUGUCUUGGUUCAGUGUUGCAAAUAACAAUCUGGAAGGGCCUAUACCAGUUGAUGGUCAGUUUGAUACUUUCUCCAACUCCAGUUUUGUCGGUAAUCCGAGGUUGUGUGGUCCGCUUGUGCAACGGCCUUGCCACCCUCAAGAUGAGGGAACCACCACUAGUCCUGCAGCACCCAGAAAGAGAAUGAAUCUUGAACACCUUUUGGUAGUUCUCGGAAUAUGCUUAGGGUGUGGUUGUGUGUUCACUGUGUUAAUUCUUUGGAUAAUAUCCAAGAGGAUCAAACUCAGAAGAAAGGACAGUAACAAGAUUCAUCUGGAACUCAGUUCAUGCAGCUCCAAUUUUGGAAUAUCUCCCCUUGUGGUGGAGGAUUCCAGUCUGGUGAUGUUGUUCUCCGGCAACUCUAAUGAAUGCAAAGAUAUCACUGUAUCAGACAUCUUGAAAGCAACUAACAAUUUUGAUCAGGCAAACAUCAUCGGUUGUGGGGGAUUUGGUUUGGUAUAUAAGGCAACAUUACCAAAUGGAACCAAGCUGGCUGUUAAGAGACUGUCUGGAGACUUGGGUAUGGUGGAAAGGGAAUUCAAGGCUGAGGUUGAAUGCCUUUCCAAUGCUCAGCAUGAGAAUUUGGUCUCUCUGCGUGGUUACUGUGUGCAUGAGGGAUGUAGGAUGUUGAUUUAUUCCUACAUGGAAAAUGGGAGUCUGGACUACUGGCUGCAUGAGAAGACCGAUGGUCCAUCUAUACUUGACUGGCGUACUAGGCUGAAAAUUGUGCAGGGAGCAUGCUGCGGGCUUUCUUACAUGCACCAGAUCUGUGAGCCGCACAUUAUUCAUCGGGACAUCAAAUCUAGCAACAUCUUGCUUGAUGAGAAUUUUAAGGCUCAUGUUGCAGAUUUCGGGCUUUCACGAUUGAUCUUUCCAUAUGACACCCAUGUCUCAACUGAGCUGGUAGGGACCUUAGGCUACAUUCCUCCCGAGUAUGGGCAGGCCUGGGUUGCCACCUUGAGAGGAGAUGUGUACAGUUUUGGGGUUGUCAUGCUUGAGCUGCUCGCAAGGAAGAGGCCUCUUGAGGUCUUCAAUCCAAAAAUGUCAAGGGAGUUGGUUGGAUGGGUGCAGCAAAUGAAGUCUCAGGGCAAGCAAUAUGAAGUUUUUGACCCUCUUCUGAGGGGCAAGGGGCAUGAGAAAGAGAUGCUGAAGGUGCUUGAGGUGGCUUGCUUGUGUGUCAAUCAGAAUCCAUUUAAGAGACCAACUAUCAAGGAAGUUGAGGGUUGGCUUGAGAAUGUAGGGGCAGCCCCAGAGAUCCAAAUAUAAUGUUACAGGUUUCUAAGAUUUGGUCAUUCUUCAGAUAGUCUCAACUGUAGUUACAUUGAUCACAAACAAAAAUUUGCACCUUGUAUCAUAGCCACAGAGUUUCACCCUUCUAUAACUACACAAUAAAGGAAAAAUUGUUUUCAA